AUGAGUGAAUCAAUAGAACCAUCAACCUCUACUACUACAACCACAACUACCACCUCUUCUACUACUACACCAACUCCACCAGCAGCCAAGAACACUGGAUUCUCUAGAAAUGAAGCAACUGUUGGUAUAACAUGCUUUCUCGGCACUACUGCACCAUACAAAGGCUUAUUAAAACAGAGAUACAGUGAUUUUAUAGUAAAUGAGGUCGAUUUGGAUGAUAAUGUUGUCAGUUUAACUUCAUUGACUUAUGAAGAUCCAACUACACCAAAGCAAGAUGCCACUGCUACAGUUGAAACUGAAACUACAACUACAACAGAAUCAGAAUCAGAAUCAUCUAAACCUAUAAAUACUGAAGAAGAAAUUAUUAAAUUUAAUAAAUUAAAAGAAUUGGUAGGAGAAGAACAAAUGGAAGAAUUUAAAGCCUUUUUUAAUGGACCAUCAAAGACAGAGAUAACAUCAACCUAUAAAUUCAAAGAGAACAAAAGUAAAGAAGAACGUACCAAUCUACACAAAUUGAUCAAAGAUUUUGAUUUGGUCACUGAAACUAAAGAUAAUCGUGUUGUUGUUAGUGCUGGAUGUAAUACUAGAAAAAGAGAAUUAGCAAGAAAUGUAUGGGGAGGUGAUAAACCAAAGUUUGUUCAAUUUGUGUUACACAAGGAGAAUAAGGAAUUAUUGGAUGCCAUUGGCAUUCUAUCAAAUGUGAUGCAUGUCAAUCAAAGAUCGUUUUCAUUUGCUGGUACCAAGGACAAGAGAGGUGUGACUUCUCAACGAGUCACAGUCUACAGACAAUCACCCGAGAAUAUAGUGGCUGCCAACCAACGUUUGUUUUCAUCGAUUCGUGUUGGAGGUGAUUUCAAGUAUGUCGACAAACACUUGAUGUUGGGUGAUUUAAAUGGUAACCGUUUCACUGUGGUCAUUAGAGACGUGUCGGGAGACGACGAGUUGAUUGCCGAGUCGGUCGCACAACUCAACCACACUGGAUUCAUCAACUAUUAUGGUUUACAGAGAUUUGGAACUGGGUCGGUAUCAACCAACCAAGUCGGCUUGGAAGUGAUCAAGGGUAAUUGGGAGAAUGCAGUCAUGUUGAUCUUGGGACCAAGAGAAGGCGAGAAUGAAGACUUUAUAAAGGCACGUACAAAGUACAAAGAAAAUGGUGAUGCAGACGCACUCUUGCAAGCUCUACCCAAGUACAUGGUCAGCGAGCGCAAACUACUGAUGGUUUUGAAAAGAGAUAAAAAGGGAUUCUACAAUGCAAUCAACAGUCUUCCACGCACACUUCGUAUGCUCUAUCCACAUUCUUACCAAAGUUAUAUUUGGAACAAAAUGGCAUCUGAAAGAAUCACAAAGUUUGGUUUCAAAGAGGUUGUAGUUGGUGAUUUGGUUGCUGUCUCUAAAAAUAAUAAUAACAAACAACAACAACAAGAGAAACAAAAGGAUGAAAAGAAUGAAGAAGAAGGUAGUGGGGAUGUUGUUGAAAUGCCUGUGGAAGAUGAUGGAGGUGACGACAAGGAUGAUUAUCAAGUGACACAUGUUACCGAAGAUGACAUUAAGAACAAACGAUACACUAUCGAUCAGGUUGUACUACCCAUGCCUGGAUCAAACAUUGUUUAUCCAAGCAAUGAAAUUGGACAACGUUACAAAGAGGUUAUGCUCGAGGACGGAGUUGAUGAGGCUAAAAUCAACCACAACAAGACCAAAGUAUUCCACCUCAAAGGCAGUUAUAGAAAGAUUAUUUCUCGUCCAAUCAACCUUGAAUACAAGAUCUAUAGAUACGACAGUGCAAAGAUCCCAUUGGCACUCAGCGAUUUGGAUCGUCUCAAUGGAAAGGAGGAACCACAAGACCUACCAGACGGUAAAUACAAAGCACUCAGAUUAUCAUUCUCCCUUCCAUCUUCAUCCUAUGCUACAAUGGUUUACAGAGAAUUACUUAAACAACCAACAAAUGUUUUACAACAACAACAACAAUUUAAUCAUGAAAAAGACAAUAAUAAUAAUAAUGAAGAAGACAAUAAUACCAAAAAUCUUAAAAGAAAAUUGUCUGAAUUUGCAAAUAAUGAUGGUGAUACAACAAAAAAGGAACAAAACAAUGAAAAAGAAGAGACAACAAUAACCGAAGAAAGAGACACCAAAAGAUCAUCGUCGAUACCACUCUGA